CUGCGGCCGCCGUGAAUGUGCAGGCGGCGGAGGGCGGUUAGGCGUUCGCGGCGCUCGCAGCGGUGUAUUGUGGGAGGCCGCCGCCGCCAGCAGCGAGCACACACAAUAUGUGGUGGCUCGCGAAAACGGGAGGCAGGAGCCUGGCGGGCAGCCCGCGCCGGUAACCGGCCCCAUGUGAGACGGGGAGCUCGCCUUUCGCCGCCCGGAGACGAUCGGCCGCCGAGCGCGAUGUCUUUCCGAGAGAUCAAGGCGGGGGAAAAAGCCAAGCACCCUGAAGAUCAUGGCAAAAAGCAGAGUUCAAGUUGGAUCAACGGAAUGGAGAACAGCACCCAAGCCAGCACUUCUGUCGAGAAAAGAAAUCACCAUUGGAGAAGUUACAAGUUGAUUAUUGACCCGGCUCUGAAAAAAGGACAGCACAAACUCUACCGCUACGAUGGGCAACAUUUCAGCAUGCCGAACUCGGGAAUUGCUCCUGUGGAUUGUGUCAGAGAUCCCAGAAUAGGGCGAAUAUGGACCAAAACGAAGGAGUUGGAGCUGUCUGUCCCCAAAUUCAAGAUUGAUGAGUUUUACGUGGGGCCAGUGCCUCCCAAGCAGGUCACCUUUGCCAAGCUGAAUGACAACAUCCGUGAAAACUUUUUAACCGACAUGUGCAAGAAAUACGGUGAAGUGGAAGAGGUGGAGAUUCUCUACAACCCCAAGAACAAGAAGCACCUGGGCAUUGCCAAAGUGAUUUUUGCCACUGUCAAAGGUGCCCGGGAGGCUGUCCAGCACCUUCACAACACCUCUGUCAUGGGCAACAUUAUCCACGUGGAGCUGGAUACAAAAGGUGAAACCCGCAUGCGAUUCUAUGAGCUGCUCGUUAAUGGUCUUUACACUCCUCAGACCCUGCCUGUAGGCACUGAACAGGACACAUCGCCAACUGUGAAUGAAACCCUCCAGUUGACAGAUUCUCUGAAGCGCUUGAAGGACAGUAACCUUUCCUCUGCGGGAUCAUCUGUCACCCCAAACAGCAGCACGCCGUUUUCCCACGACACAGCCUAUUCCAGCUGUCGGCAGGACACCCCAAACUCGUUCAGUCAAUUCACCCCGCAGUCCCAAGGGACGCCCCACACCCCACGGUUAGGGACGCCAUUUUCCCAAGAUUCCACGUAUUCCAGCCGUCAGACGACGCCAGUGUACCACUUUGGGCAGGACAGUGGGUACAAACACAGGAGACACGAAACAAAAUUUACGGAUGCCUACAACCGUCGACCGGGAGGACAUCACUAUGUUCAUAAUUCUCCUGGUGUUUUCCGCGGGACAGAGCAUCAGUUCAGUACGUUCAAAUCCCAUCAGCAGGAGCCAGUUCAGUUCUCUCACACUCCUCCCCUGAGCCACUCGAGUUCUUCGAGUUACAAAUCUGCCUUCUCUCCUUACCAAGCACCAGCCGUAUUUCCGCAGUCUGAGGAGCAGCCGUUUGCCCAAACUUCCAGGGAAGCAGAGUACCGAAGACCUGCACCGCCUCCCGCCGAGAUGGUCGUAGAAAGCAGUGCUGCCACCAGCGCUGAUUUUGCUCCAGUGAAGGAGAAACCAGAGGAACCUCCACCCUUACCAGAUUCAAACUCUGCUCCUGAGCCGAGCGCACCGUCCUUCUCUCAGACCCCUGAGAGGAGUGAGACCCCUGGCACCCCCACCAUGGAGUCUGAAAUGCAGCAUAAUAGUUUAGACUCAAGGAUUGAGAUGCUCUUAAAAGAACAGAGAACAAAGUUACCUUUUCUUAAUGAGCAUGACUCAGAUAAUGAGGUCCGAAUGGAAGGUAGCCCUAUCUCCUCUUCCUCCUCCCAGCUCUCUCCCAUCCCAAUGUACGGUUCGAACUCUCAGCCCGGUUACAGAGCUCAGACACCUUCCUCACGCCCUUCCAGCACGGGCCUGGAGGACAUCAGCCCCACGCCGUUACCUGACUCUGAUGAUGAUGAGCCCAUCCCUGGGACUGCUUCUCUGAAUCAGAAUUCCAGGGGUACAUCAGAGGCCAGCAUGACUCCCAUCGAUCAGCUGAACAGGACCUCCAAAGUCGAGACCUUGGAGGUUAAAGAAAUGGUGCCUGGGGACCAGACUCCAAUAUCGGAAAAGAUGGACGAGAGUCAGCAUUCUUCAGGGGAGGACAUGGAAAUCUCCGACGAUGAGAUGAACUCCGCGCCCAUCACCAGUGCAGAGUGUGCCAAAACCAUUGUGGUCAACUCCUCAGUCAGCAACGCAGCCGUCAUGGCCCCAUCCAUCCCUCCUCUGCCACCGCCGCCUGGAUUCCCUCCUCUUCCUCCUCCUCCACCACCACCUCCACAGCCGGGUUUUCCGAUGCCUCCGCCGCUGCCUCCUCCGCCUCCUCCCACACACCCUGCUGUCACCGUGCCCCCUCCACCACUCCCUGCUCCCCCUGGGGUCCCUCCACCUCACAUCUUGCCUCCGCUUCCUCCCUUCCAUCCCGGCAUGUUCCCAGUCAUGCAGGUGGAUAUGAUCAGUGUCUUGGGCAACCACUGGGGUGGCAUGCCCAUGUCCUUCCAGAUGCAAACUCAGAUGCUCAGUCGGAUGAUGCAGGCACAGAACACAUACCAGUAUCCGCCUUUCAUGGCAGGCAGGAUGCAGUUUGUGAAUCUGCCGCCCUACCGCCCGUUCUCUAUGGGAGCAGCUCUUGGUCGUGGGCAGCAGUGGCCGCCACUGCCCAAGUUUGACCCCUCGGUUCCACCGCCGGGUUAUGAGCCCAAGAAGGAAGAUCCCCACAAAGCCACUGUGGAUGGAGUCCUCCUGGUCAUCGUGAAGGAACUGAAGGCUAUCAUGAAAAGGGACCUGAACCGGAAAAUGGUUGAAGUGGUUGCAUUUCGGGCAUUUGAUGACUGGUGGGACAAGAAGGAACGGCUGGCAAAGGCAUCUCUCACACCAGUGAAGUCUGGAGGAGAGCUGGAGGAGAAACCAAAGCCAAAGGAUCGAAUCACAUCUUGCCUCUUGGAGAACUGGAACAAAGGCGAAGGCCUGGGAUACGAGGGAAUUGGCUUGGGCAUUGGGUUACGAGGGGCCAUCCGGUUGCCAUCCUUCAAGGUGAAAAGAAAGGAGCCACCAGAAGCUGCCUCAGCAGGAGAUCAGAAGAGAAUCCGGCCUUCUACUUCUGUUGACGAUGAAGAUGAAGAGUUGGAGAGGGACAGAGAUGCUUCCGAUACCACAUCCGACCUGUCAAAGAAGGAUGCAGAAGCAGUGGGGCUGAGGCGGCGACCAGCAAGGCCACUGGAGCUCGACAGCGAGGGGGAAGAGGGAGAUGAGACAUCAGGGAAAGAGGAAGAGUCUUCCUCAGAGAAAGAAGAGGAGCAGGAGGAAGAAGGAGGCUUGGUGAAAGCAGCACCUGGCAAGGAGGAAGAGGAGGAUGAAGAUGAUGAGGAAGAUGAAGAUGACGAUGAGGAUGAUGAAGAUGAAGAGGAUUAUGAAGAGACAGGUGUUGAAACAAGUGACAAAGAGGAAGAGCAGGACUCUGAAGAGGAAGAUGUAGCGAGUCCCUCAUCUUCCAAGGCUGAAGUUGAAUCAUCAGAUGAAAGUGAGGACUCCUCUGAAUUUGAAUCAAGUUCUGACUCAGAUGAAGAUGAUGAUGAGGAGGAGGAGGAUGAAGAUGAAGAAGAGGAGGAGGAGGAAGAAGAGGUGGCUGAAGAUCAAGACAGAGAAGCCAUGGUUGCUGAGACGGAGCAUGAACCUGCGAGUCAUGAGCUUCUCGAUGAUAAGAGGGAGACCAUUUUGGAGCUAUAUCCUGUGGACUACAUGGAUGCAACGGGCUUGGGACUCUCAGAGCCAGCUUUGGUAGAAAAGGAUGAAGGGAUGGAAGAAGUCAAAGCAGAGGAAAGUGAAUGUGAUCAAGUCCCAGAGGAAUCUAUUGCUGCUGAAACACUCAAACAGUUGGUUAUGGAAAGAGACCAGGAGCCAAAACUUGCACUGUCUCCCAUCUGCAGACCAGUGGAAGAGCCUGAACCCAUCGUCAUGCUGGAGCCGGAGGUACAAGAAUGCCCAAAGCCUGAAUCACAAGAUGAGGCUGGCACAGUCUGUCUCUCGACUCCAGUGGCAGUCUUUGGAGAACCUCUGCCCAACAAAAGCAGCUUCUUUAGGAAGUCUGAUGACAGCUGCUUAGAAACGCAUGUUAAGACAAAGCUGCCCUCUGCAGUGGAGGAGGAGGACAGGUUGCCUCGCACACCUGGACGGGAAGCAGUGGUCCAUUCAGAGACUGAUAUUCUUUUGCUCCCAGCCCACAAGGUGCCAUCCUCCACACUUCCCUUACCAUCGACUCCUGGUAAAGAGGAAUCUGUAGUCCCUCCAGAAAAAUUCCCUGAACAAUUAAUGGUGACCAAAACGUCCAUAGAAGAGGAGAUUCCUAGGACUCCUGGGCGGGACAUUUUGGCCAAGUCUUCACACCCCCUUGCAAAGUCGCAGAGCACAGACACUGUUCCAGCCACGCCAGGAAGUGAUGCUCCCCUUACAGGAAGCAGCUUGACCCUCAGUUCCCCUCAAGUCCCAGGGAGCCCCUUUUCCUACCCAUCCCAGUCUCCUGGCAUUAACAGCGGCAUUCCUCGGACUCCUGGGAGAGAUUUCAAUUUCACGCCUACUUUCCCAGAGGCUGGUGCUACCAUUCCUUGCCUUCUGUCUGGCAAGAAACAGUCAGAGGAUGACCUAGAAGAGAAACCUUUUAAAGAGCCUCUUGGUGCUUCCCUUACUAUCAGCAUGAACAGCGUUCCUUCUCCUAUCCCCUUUGCCAGCCCCACGCAAGCAGAUUUCCGCACAGACAUGGGCUUGCCACCUAACGAGCCAAUACCCAUCGCAGCCCUGCCAUGCAUGCCUGGAGAUGGAAGAAUGCCCAUCGAAGAGUGCAAGGCGGAAGUAAAAUCUGUUUUGCUCUCGCCAGAAGCACCCAUUGGUGCAUCUAUUCUUCCUCCACCACCACCACCUUCUGUUCUUCCCAAAAGGAGGCCGGGUCGGCCAAGGCGGUCCCCACCUUCUGUCCUCUCAUUGGAUAUGUACUCGGGCAAAGCCAUCGAGCCACCCCCUGUCCCUGUGGCUUUGGUGGAAAGUGCUAUGAGCAAAGAGCUACUGAGUGCACACCCCGAUGCUUUCUAUGGACUGAAGGACCCUGAAGCCGUCACCCUAGAUUUCAGGAAUGACAGCUUCCACGAGAAAAUAGCAGCUGAGACAGUUGCAGAGAAACUGCCAUUUAAGGAAUUGGAGAACCAGUGGAAUGAAGAUUUCAAGGAAGAAGAAGCUCACGUGAAGCCUAAAAGACAGUGGCGAAGGCAGAAGAAGUCACCCGAGCACCUCCCAGUGAUUCCUUCCCCAGAGUACUCCCCACCUCAGCCUCAGUUCAGACCACGCUCCGAGUUUGAGGAGAUGACCAUUUUGUAUGAUAUUUGGAAUGGAGGCAUAGAUGAGGAAGAUAUCAAAUUCAUGUGUAUCACGUAUGACCGCCUCCUGCAGCAGGACAAUGGUAUGGACUGGCUCAAUGACACACUGUGGGUAUUCCAUCCUUCUACCAGCUUUUCCACCCCCAAGAAAAAGAAGCGGGACGAUGGGAUGCGGGAGCACGUCACGGGCUGUGCACGAAGCGAAGGCUAUUACAAAAUCGAUAAGAAGGACAAACUCAAAUACCUCAAUAAUAGCCGAGCUUUUGCAGAGGAGCCUCCAGCUGACACGCAGGGGAUGAGCAUCCCUGCCCAACCUCACGCUUCCACGCGGGCUGGCUCCGAGCGGCGGUCAGAGCAGCGCAGGCUCCUCUCCUCCUUCACUGGUAGCUGUGACAGCGACCUGCUCAAGUUCAACCAGCUCAAGUUCCGGAAGAAAAAGCUAAAAUUCUGCAAGAGCCACAUUCACGACUGGGGCCUUUUUGCCAUGGAGCCCAUUGCAGCUGAUGAGAUGGUGAUUGAGUACGUGGGUCAGAACAUCAGGCAGGUCAUUGCUGACAUGCGUGAAAAGCGAUACGAGGAUGAAGGCAUUGGGAGCAGUUACAUGUUCAGAGUUGACCAUGACACAAUCAUCGAUGCUACAAAGUGUGGAAACUUUGCCAGGUUUAUUAAUCACAGCUGCAAUCCAAAUUGUUAUGCUAAAGUGAUCACGGUGGAGUCUCAAAAGAAGAUCGUCAUCUACUCAAAACAGCACAUCAAUGUGAAUGAGGAAAUUACUUACGACUACAAGUUUCCCAUUGAGGAUGUAAAAAUCCCAUGUUUAUGUGGCUCUGAGAACUGCAGGGGAACCCUAAACUGAACUCGAGGUUUCUCGUCACACUUGCACCUUUGGCCAUGUCAAAACUGUGGUAACCAGGUGUGGUUGCACUUUGCCAAAAAAAAAAAAAAAAAGGAAAAAAAAAAAAAAAAAAAAAAAAAAAAGAAAAAAAAAAAAAAGGAAGAAAAAAAAUUAAAAAGAAAAAAAAAAUGUAUUUAAAAAAAAAAAAAGGAAAAAAGAGAAGAAGAAAACCAAGCAAGUUUCGCCAGGAUCACGGAUGAAAGCAAAAAGCGCACAUGCUAACGAGGACUGUUCAUGUUUCAGGUGCUCUUUCCUUUUCAGAUCCAACACGCACGCAGAAAGGUGACUGCUGUUCUGUGGUGUGGUCUAUCCAAACACUAGCUUCUGUCUGUUCAGUCCCUACAUUAAUGCUCCAUAAUGGGAUAAUGGUACCUUUUUUUUUUUUUUUUUAAUUGUUAUAAACCUUCAUCUUUUCAUAAAUGCUGCUACCUUUUCCUCAUCAGUUUUGUUGGUUGAAAAAGGCAUUCAACGUUUAAAUGUGAAGCAGAGACUGAAAAUGCCAUGUAGGGUUUGUUGGGAGCUUGAUUGGCUGAAAUUGCACAGAUUUCUCAGAUUAAGCUGUAAAUAAAUGUCAGGUUAAUGUUACAGAGGAAGCCAGAGGCUUGAGGGUGUGUGAAUGGGUGUGUGUGUGUGUGUGUGUGUACAGAGAUGUCUGCAGUGAGACUAUAGGUGACCUGUCCUGCCUUUCCAUCAGGGGUGAGCCUGAACAAGUCCCCAACGCCAGCCACCCUGUGGACAUCAGGGCAGCCAUGGCCUGGGCUUUGCCUUGGGCCAUCGCUGAUGGUCGCCCGCCAUGCUGGUAUAUUGGGGGAUCAAAGCCUCAGCACCCAGACAAGGGAGAGUGGGUACUGCAAUCAUUGCUAACAGAGUCAGUUGUUUAGUCCCAGAAUUGUGGCGCAACGCGUGACCUUUCAGGAUCUCUCAUAUAUUGGUUUGUCUGUCUAGUGUCCAAAAAACCUCUGGAGCUGAAAGUAAGUAGGAAAUAAGCCUCAGAUAUUCCAUAGAAAUCUUACCUUCCUUUGAAGGGUACACUGCACCUCAUGUUCAUGAUAAGAUUUUAUUCCUGUUGAUGGGAAACAGUCUGAUGUGUUACUCAUGUGGAUUUUCCUCGAUUCUCCCAGCCUUGCCAGUGCUUUACAGGGCCUGUCUGCCCUGGCCUUGAAUGGGGAGAUUCCUGCUGUGAUAGGAGCAGGCCAGACCUCCCCCAGUUACUCAGUAACUUGCCCUGGGUGGUCCCAUCCUGCAGUAAGCACAGACGUGGUGGGCAAUGCCCCUGAGCACGGGCUGCACCCUGUCCUCCCCCAUCUGCAGCAUGGCAAUGAGUGCUGCUCUGAGCUCCAAAGGCAUGUUUUGGAGUGGUUUUUCGAUCUGUUUUGUCCUUGUAGAUGUACUGAGGUGAAGUUUGCACUUCAAGAGGUUCCAUUUUAAAAAUGAGCCAAAACAUGGAAUUAAUGUUUCUGGGGGUGUGAUCUAGGAGUGUUGCACGACUGUUUGGGUAUGGGCAGGAUCAGUUAUUUCAGCCUGCAUUGAGUCUCUUCUGCUUCAAAUGUAGAGGUAGUUUGUACUAAGCCUUUGUAAUUGACUUACAGGGAAAUUGCAAUGUAAUUAUAAAAUGCAAACGUCAUCUGCAUAACUAAAAUCUCCUCCCCGUAGAGCAAAAGCACAGCUGUAUUCUCGUUCCUUUUCAAAUUAGUGACAAUUGCUGUCGAACCACAGCUCCCCAUGAUCAGAGGGUACAACCUUACUAAAGAGUUUCCUGGAAAGUGUUGCCACCCUUGCUGGGAACUGCCAUGCCUGUCCCACGGCUGGGGGCUUGGUGUAGGUUAGGCCUCUGUGCUGGAGUUCCUGCUUUAGACAGAGGGCCUGCAAGAGCCCCGCUGUGCCUGCACUGCUGCCUGAGGGAAGGGAACCGGCCCUGAGGUUGGGCAGCCUGUAGUCUCAUCUGUGCUGUUGUUCAGUUUUGUUGUUUCCUAUGGUCUUGAGGGUUUCCCCUUCUCUCACUGAGUCUGUCCAGCAACUGGGUAGUUGUGGCCAGAACCUGUGGGCAGUGUCUCAUUGAGCAUAGGCAGUGCAUUGAGCUCCUGUGGCAGGAGCUUUUGGGGAUUAAGCCAGCUACUCUGUCCCUUUUCUUUAAAUGAGGCUCCUAUCAUGUUGAUGCUUCAGUUGGCAUUGCUACAGCUGGGUCUCUUGCUUGCAAAGCAUUGGGAACGCACAGAUGUUGUUUCGGAAUGAAGCCCUGCCCUUGUUCUCAGCCUCCUUCCUCUCAAGUCCACCAAACCUGGAUGCUAACAUGGCUCUGUGGGGGAAAAGUCCCACGUGUGCUCAGCCCCGAGGAGCCCGACAGCAGCUCUGUGUUCCCCAGCCUGUCCGUGUGCUUGGAAUGGGGCACAGGCUGCUGUGUGUGCAGGGACAGACCCUGGUCUCCUGAGGCAAGGCCUGCAGCUUGGGUUCCUUCCGGGCGUUGGGAGGAGCACCAAAGGGAUUUGGAUGCCAAAGGCCUUCAGCACCAAAGUCGCUUGGGUGCUUCUGGAACUGCCUGUGACCCAUUGCUCUGUAGGAUCGCAGCUGGAUAAGCCAACCCUGAGCCUUCUCUUUCCUUCCUGCCCCUGCAGCUCCUCUGAAAGCCGCCCCGUCCCCGAUGGGUUCUGGUGAUGGUUCCCAGCAGGGCUGAGGAACUGCAGAUGCAGGUGGAGAAGGCAGCCCAUAGAGAUGUUUUCUGACCCCAGGCGCUUUGCCUCGUGCUCCACAGGGCUGGGGUGGGAGGAGGACACUGGAGGGGCAGAGUGCUGGUGGUGCAGCCCCUGGGCCAGACCCAGCAUUCACCAUCAUCACGGGCGUGGAAAUGUUGGCGAGGGCUGAGCAGAACCCUGCCCGGGAUGCUGCUCACCAUUUAUUGAAGUCAUUCUGUUCGCUGUCCCUCUUUUUUUUCCCUGCUUAAAUCAAACCCUAAACCAAAAUAGAGAGGGGUGUUGGCUGUGCUCCCUGCAGAACCUCAUCUCACUGCAGUCUUGAUGGAGCGUGCAGGGCUCGCUCAGGCAGGGUGCACGCAGGGCCCCGCUGUGCCGCCUGGGGCUGCCGUGGCCGUGCAGCACUCGCAGCACUGUGGGUCCCACAGGGGUCCCAAGCAGUGGCUGUGGAGGCAGGAGGGGAUGGGGCUCAUCUUGCAGAUAUUUGUAUUGUAUAGAGCAGCUUAUUUCUACAGACAAACAUUUUUAAACUCCAACAAAGUAUGCAGUAAUUUCAGUUCCGGUUUUUGUGACUUUUUUCAGGGAUCAUUUCAGUGCAUUUCUGUAUAAAAUAAAAAUUUAAGGAAAAAAAAAGGAUUUUGAAGUCUAUUAGAAAAAAAAGCAUCUUCUGUACAUAGGCAAACAAGAAUCUUCUCUUCAAACACUGUUUCUUGUAGAAACAUGUUGAAAUUUUUUUGCUGAUUUCUUUGUACUUCAAGAGCAUGUAAAUAAUUUAUUAAAAGUGACUAUUGUAAUUUGGAGUUCUUUUUAAACAGAUCCCAGCUCUGUUUCAUGGCAAGGAGAUGGGGAGGAAGAAGGACUGAGGAUAGCAAAGGAGCUGGUGGCAUUUACAGCUUGUGUCAAGCUUUGUAUAAUGUAAAUUCUGUACAAAUACGGGGGUUUUGUUUUUGGCUUUUUUUUUUGUUGUUGAAUAAAUAGAUGGAAUUAGCAGCAUUAAGAAACUGAAGACAAAAAUUUGCCAAGUCGAGGCUUCUUCCUUGCCCCUCCCCCCAGUCUGAAACCUAAUGUGCAAAAUCUAUUUAUUUCAAGCGAGGAAAUGUGUACAGUCUAAUAGACAUCCUGCAAUGUAUUUAAGCGAGUUUGCAACUGGAUUUAUUUUUUUUUUUUUUCAUUUUAAUAUUUGUUUUUAUGAGUUUCCUCCUUAAUUGCCACUGUAGUAUUUGUUUGAGUGAAAAGAAACACGUUGUGACGGACGCACAGGGGCAGGCGGUGAGGACGGGGAGUUGCUCCCUGCAGCGCUCCGGUUCCGUGGCAGGUUGUUUUAUUUCACGGUGUGAAAAUAAAGGGCUUCCUUUAAAAGGGGGCAGGUAAAAUGGUUUGCAAUAAAUGAAUUAUUAUUUUUUUAAGUUCCUUAAAAAAAAAAAAAAAAUCUCUGCUUUGAAGAUUUAGGGUUUCUGCUUUUUCUUUUUUUAAGCAAAUUUAUAAAUUUAGGGAUGUUUUGUGCAUAUAGAAUCCGUCACCAGUAUGUAUCUUGUUUUGAAGAAAGUGUUUUUGUUGUGGAUGUGUCAUGCUGUAUAUAUUUGUUCAUAUUUUUGUGAAUUGAAUACUAUGUACCAUUGUAUUAUAGUAACUUUUAUAAAGCAAACCAUAAAUAUA